GUAGGGGGCAAGAUGGAUGAGAACCGCUUUGUUGCAAUCACCAGCUCUAAUGCUGCCAAGAUCUACAACCUGUAUCCUCGCAAGGGCCGCAUCAUUCCUGGAGCCGAUGCAGAUGUAGUUGUGUGGGAUCCUGAGGCCACGAAGACCAUCUCAGCCAGUACCCAGGUCCAGGGUGGUGAUGUGAACCUGUAUGAGAACAUGCGCUGCCACGGGGUACCACUGGUUACUAUAAGCCACGGGCGUGUUGUCUAUGAGAAUGGAGCCUUUAUGUGUGCUGAAGGCACUGGGAAGUUCUGCCCUCUCCGCUCCUUUCCAGACUCGGUGUACAAGAAACUGGUGCAGCGAGAAAAGAGCUUAAAGCUUAAAGGCGUGGACCGCACCCCAUAUCUGGGGGACGUAGCCAUGGUUGUGCACGCUGGGAAAAAAGAGACGGGGACACCACUUGCAGACACCCCCACUCGGCCGGUCACAAGACAUGGGGGCAUGAGGGACCUCCACGAGUCCGGCUUCAGCCUUUCCGGUUCUCAAAUCGAUGACCAUGUUCCAAAGCGAGCUUCGGCCCGGAUUCUCGCUCCCCCCGGAGGCAGGUCUAGUGGCAUUUGGUAG